AAGUUAUUCAUAUCACCUAAUUUUAUUUUUAAAAGUUUUAAAACCUAAAACUAAAAACUACCCGAGACGACAAGUUAGGCAAUUGGAUCAUCGUUCAUCGUCUGGGAAUUGAGUUGACUGAAGGAGUUACAGUAAUUCAGUGUUUGUGCUAUAGCAAAUGGCGAAAGUUUUCUGUGAUUUUCGGUUCCUCCUCUUGGUUGCAGCCGGGAUCUUCAUCUAUAUCCAGAUGAGGCUUUUCGCAACACAAUCAGGAUAUGCUGAUCGCCUAGCUGCAGCUAUUGAAGCUGAAAACCAUUGUACAAGUCAAAUGCGAUCACUGAUUGACCAGAUUAGCUUGCAACAAGGACGAAUUGUGGCCUUAGAAGAAGAGAGGAAACGUAGAGACCAAGAAUGUGGACAAAUGAAGUCUCUUGUACAAGAUCUGGAAAGAAAAGACCUACAGAGGCUGACUGAUAAAAUGCAGGUUCCGGUGGCUGCUGUUGUGAUCAUUGCAUGUAAUCGUGCUGAUUACCUGGAGAGGACUAUUAAUUCUGUGUUAAAACACCAAAGGCCCAUUUCUUCAAGAUUUCCUUUAUUUGUAUCUCAGGAUGGAUCAAAUCCAGAUGUUAAAAGUACGGCUUUGAACUAUGAUCAGUUAUCUUAUAUGCAGCACUUGGAUUUUGAACAAGUUCAAACUGAACGACCAGGAGAGUUAAUUGCUUACUACAACAUUGCACGUCAUUACAAGUGGGCUUUAGAUCAGCUGUUCUACAAGCAUAACUUCAGCCGAGUAAUCAUCCUUGAAGAUGACAUGGAUAUAGCACCUGAUUUCUUUGAUUAUUUUGAAGCUGCAGCAACUCUCCUUGACAAGGAUAAGUCUAUUAUGGCUGUUUCCUCGUGGAAUGAUAAUGGACAAAAGCAAUUUGUACAUGAUCCAUAUGAACUGUACCGAUCAGAUUUCUUUCCUGGGUUAGGAUGGAUGCUGGCCAGAUCUAUAUGGGAUGAGUUAUCACCAAAAUGGCCUAGGGCUUACUGGGAUGACUGGUUGAGACUAAAAGAAAAUCACAAAGGGCGACAGUUUAUCCGACCUGAAGUGUGCAGAACAUAUAAUUUUGGUGAGCAUGGUUCUAGUUUGGGACAGUUUUUUAAGCAAUAUCUGGAGCCAAUCAAGCUGAAUGAUGUCAAGGUUAACUGGAGAUCAAUGGAUCUGAGCUAUUUACUGGAGGAUAAGUAUUCUAUGCAUUUUGCCAAUACUGUUAAGAAAGCUACACCUGUCUAUGGAGCUGGCGUGGUUCUAAAGGCAUAUAAUAUAGAUGGUGAUGUGCGUAUCAAGUAUAGAGAUCAGUCAGAUUUUGAAAACAUUGCUCGCCAAUUUGGUAUAUUUCAAGAGUGGAAGGAUGGAAUACCGAGGACCGCCUAUAAAGGAGUAGUCGUUUUCAGACAUCAAACCUCACGACGUAUAUUCCUUAUUGGUCCAGAGUCUUUGAAGCUACUUCAGAUCGAAGAGUCUUAAUGCUGGAUGAAGAAGAAAAAUACUGACAAUGUAAGAGAGUAGUUGUCUUCAGAUAUGAACGGAAGUGUUGCGGGAGUUAUUGUGGCAUAGGAAAGUUAUGGUCUAUUUGCUGAUGCAUACUGGAACAAAAUUAGUGGCCAUAGCGGGUAUCUUGUAGAGACAGAUUUUGUCUUAUGAUGGCUUGAGGUCCUAGCCUGGCCAUGCUAACCUCAUGUAUCCUACUCUCCAUUCAUGUGACAGCAAAACGGGAUGGUGAAUUUUUAUGUCAGAGUGGAUCAAUUUUUAUUUUUU